AUGGGUUACCCGGACUGCGUGCUAGACCUGCCUGGCUCGGACACUAGGGAGGGAAGGGGAAUUCGCCACUUUGCGGGGGAAGGAGGAGGAAGAGAGAGGAGAAGUGCAAGGCGGGGGGGGGGGGGGGCGGCUCCCCAUAGAAGAAAACAGAAAGGAGGAAGAAAGCGAGCGAGCGCAACCCCACCCUUCGAAAAGGUCGCCAUCCUUAAGAAAGCAGACACGGGGUUCCCUGACCCCUGCGGGAAAUGCCCCGGCGUGGAACGCGCGACCCGGGCGCUGCCUGCCCUGCCACUCGCGGCCCCCGCCCUGAGGAGCCGGCUGCGCGGGUGCGCGAGCAGGUGA